GCAAUGUGUUUAGUCUUUUCUUUUUAUCUGCAGCAUAUUUCCUUGAGGCAUACCGACCGGUGAGGAAGGGCGAUCUUUUUCUCGUAAGGGGAGGAAUGAGAAGUGUAGAAUUUAAGGUCAUUGAGACUGAUCCUCCUGAGUACUGUGUCGUUGCCCCUGAUACUGAGAUCUUCUGUGAGGGAGAACCUGUAAGAAGGGAGGAUGAGAAUCGGUUGGAUGAGGUUGGCUAUGAUGAUGUUGGUGGUGUACGUAAACAGAUGGCACAGAUUCGGGAGUUAGUGGAGCUACCACUAAGGCACCCACAGCUUUUUAAAUCAAUUGGUGUCAAGCCUCCUAAAGGAAUACUUCUUUAUGGGCCUCCGGGAUCUGGGAAGACCCUAAUCGCUCGAGCUGUUGCUAAUGAAACUGGCGCUUUCUUCUUCUGUAUUAAUGGACCAGAAAUUAUGUCAAAAUUGGCUGGAGAAAGUGAAAGCAAUCUCAGAAAAGCAUUUGAGGAAGCUGAGAAAAAUGCACCAUCAAUCAUAUUUAUCGAUGAGAUUGAUUCAAUUGCUCCCAAAAGAGAGAAGACCAAUGGAGAGGUUGAGAGGAGGAUUGUUUCCCAACUCUUAACGCUGAUGGAUGGACUCAAGUCCCGUGCUCAUGUUAUUGUAAUGGGUGCCACAAAUCGUCCCAAUAGCAUUGACCCUGCAUUGAGAAGGUUUGGGAGAUUUGACAGGGAAAUUGAUAUUGGUGUUCCAGAUGAGGUUGGGCGCCUCGAAGUUCUUCGUAUUCAUACCAAGAACAUGAAGCUUGCUGAAGAUGUACAUUUAGCUAUCCCAAUUCCCAUGAUUUUUGUUCGAGUUGAUUUGGAAAGAAUUGCCAAAGACACACAUGGUUAUGUAGGUGCUGAUUUGGCAGCUCUUUGCACUGAGGCUGCCCUUCAAUGCAUUAGGGAGAAGAUGGAUGUGAUUGACUUGGAAGACGAUAGCAUUGAUGCAGAGAUACUCAACUCCAUGGCUGUUACUAAUGAGCACUUCCAUACUGCUCUUGGUACCAGCAACCCCUCAGCUCUACGUGAAACAGUUGUUGAAGUACCCAAUGUUAGUUGGGAAGAUAUUGGGGGCCUGGAGAAUGUCAAGCGUGAACUCCAAGAGGUACCAUUUGAUUCACGUGCUAUGGAUCCUACUGUUCAAUAUCCAGUGGAGCAUCCUGAGAAGUUUGAGAAGUUUGGCAUGUCACCUUCAAAGGGAGUUCUUUUCUACGGCCCCCCGGGAUGUGGAAAAACUUUGCUAGCUAAGGCAAUAGCCAAUGAGUGUCAGGCCAACUUCAUCAGUGUCAAGGGUCCUGAAUUGCUCACUAUGUGGUUUGGAGAGAGUGAGGCCAAUGUUCGAGAAAUUUUUGACAAGGCUCGCCAAUCUGCCCCGUGUGUCCUAUUCUUUGAUGAAUUGGACUCGAUUGCUACUCAGAGAGGAAGCAGUGUAGGAGAUGCUGGGGGUGCUGCUGACAGGGUAUUGAAUCAACUUUUAACGGAAAUGGAUGGAAUGAACGCAAAGAAAACAGUGUUCAUUAUUGGUGCCACCAAUAGGCCUGAUAUAAUUGAUCCUGCACUUCUUCGUCCUGGACGGCUUGAUCAAUUGAUUUAUAUUCCUCUCCCUGAUGAGGAGUCACGCCUUCAGAUUUUUAAGGCUUGCUUGAGAAAAUCUCCACUUUCCAAAGAUGUAGACCUGACAGCCCUGGCUAAAUACACUCAAGGUUUCAGUGGUGCUGACAUUACAGAAAUAUGCCAACGUGCA